CCGCUUUCUCUUUCUAACAUACGCAGCUGCAACAGCACAAAACGGAACUGCGAAGAACGCAGAAAUGGUCAUUAAUAUUUUUAUAAACUGUAAACAUUUAAUUACCUGCGGGGAUCACAGUGACUAUAGUGAGCUAUGUAGCCGGAUCGAGAAGCACACGAACCUCCAGUCCGCGGAUUAUUACCUGGUGAGCAAUGGCAAACGCAUUAAGGGCCAAGUCCUUACAGACGGAAAUGUACACUGCAUCCUUCGCCAGGUGGGUGGCAAGGGUGGAUUCGGUUCUAUGCUCCGAGCCAUUGGCGCUCAAAUAGAGAAGACCACCAAUCGCGAAGCUUGCCGCGAUCUGAGUGGGCGCCGAUUGCGGGACAUCAACGAAGAGAAGCGAGUGCGUGCCUGGCUGGACAAGCAAGGUGAGCGGGAACGUGAGGCUGAGGAGCGAAAGAAACGUAAGAUCGAGAAGCUUCUGGCUGUGCCCAAGCACGACUUCAAGGAUGACCAAUACGAGGAGGCCAGGGCCAAUCUCACCGAGAAGGUGAACGACGCCUUCGAGGAGGGACUGAAGAAGGCAGAGGAGAACAACAAGGAAAAGCAGGCUGCCCAGGAACAGCCUUCCACUAGUGGCGGCACCAAGCGGAAAUCCCCCACCGAGGACAAGACAACGGAAAAGAAGAAAAAGGGAGCCCUUUGGAUUGGCGAUGACAUCUCCGGUUCCGAUUCCGACACAGACGACAGUGAAGAGGAAGAGGCGCAGAAAGCGUCCAUUAAGAACUAGAAGUGACAAUAGCAUUUAAAAUUUUAAUGAUUUAAUAGUUUAAAAUUAAUACUAAGCACUAAUAGUAGGAUUAAUAUGAAGGUAAAUGUAAAAAUAAACGAUUGCCUCAGGGCGACACAAACUGCGAG